AUGUCCACCAAGCCCAAGUCAAGAUGGGCAAGCUCCGCAGAAGACGCCGAGUAUGAAGCUCGGCAAAAGAAGGAAAAAGAAGAAAAGCGUCGCAAAAAGGCUCUUAAGCUCCAAGAAGAAGAAGAAAAGAAAAAAGCUCUACUCGCUGCUGCAACAACAACGACAUCACAAUUCGCAGAAACAAACGACGAUAACGACGACGCAGCAUCAUCUUCAUCACGGCCCUCAAAACGACGAAAACUCACCCCCGAACCCGCCAGCAACAACACUUCUGCUACGCUGCUGCGCUUCGACGUCGGCACCUGGAAGCCCAGCCGCAGCGUCGACAACUACGACAAGCUCAACGACAUCGAGGAGGGCACGUACGGCUGGGUCGCGCGCGCAACGGAGCUCGCCACGGGCAGAGUCGUCGCCCUCAAGCGGCUCAAGCUCGAGGCCGGCGACCCCAACGGCCUGCCCGUGACGGGCCUGCGCGAGAUCCAGAUCCUCAAAAACUGCCGGCACCGCAACGUCGUGGCCAUGGAGGAGGUUGUCGUGGGCAACGACGUCUCCAAGCCAGACAACUCCAUCUUCCUCGUCCUCGAAUUCGUCGAACACGACCUCAAGAGCAUCCUCCAAGACAUGCCCGAACCCUUCCUCUCCUCCGAAGUCAAGCGCCUCCUCCUGCAGCUCACAUCCGGCGUCGCCUACCUCCACCAAAACUACAUCCUGCACCGCGACCUCAAAACAUCCAACCUCCUCCUCUCCAACCGCGGCCUCCUCAAGAUCGCAGACUUCGGCAUGGCCCGCUACGUCGGCGACCCCCGCCCCAAACUCACCCAGCUCGUCGUCACCCUGUGGUACCGCGCCCCCGAGCUCCUCCUCGGCACGCGAACCUACGACGCCGCCGUCGACAUGUGGUCCGUCGGCUGCAUCAUGGGCGAGCUCAUCACCCGCGAACCCCUGCUUCAGGGCUCCAACGAGGUCGACCAGAUCUCCAAAGUCUUUGAGCUCUGCGGCGUCCCCACCGAAGACUCCUGGCCGGGCUUCCGCCGCCUCCCCAACGCCCGCUCCCUUCGACUCCCCAAACAGUCCCCCCUCGCCUCCGGCUCCGUCAUCCGCGCCCGUUUCCCCAACCUCACAGCCGCCGGCGCCUCUUUGCUCAAUAGUCUCCUCGCAUUGGACCCGGAGAAACGACCAUCCGCCAAGGAAAUGCUAGAGCACGAAUACUUCCGGCAAGAUCCUAAACCCAAACCCGAGAGCCUGUUCCCCACGUUCCCCAGCAAGGCCGGCCAGGAAAGGAGGCGUCGGCACGAGCCCGACGCCCCCGGCAUCUUCCAAGGUAGGGACAAGGAAGAGCGAGGCGCUGGAUUCAGUUUACGCAUGGUAUGA